AUGUCAAAGAAAGAAAAGGCAAAGGUGGCGGACACACAAGACCUCAGAGAGAUGUUGACGAAUAAAAAAGAGAAUGUUCGAAUCGAUGGGUUGAAAAUCGUCAUCUCACAAAUGACCGAAGGGAAAGAUGUGGGGAUUUUGUUUGGGGAAGUCUUACAAUGCGUCACAACCCCAAACAUCGACGCGAAAAAGUUGGCGUAUUUGUACAUCAUGAACUACGCAAAGACACAACAGGACAAUGCUAUUAAGUCCAUUCAAGCAUUCUUGAGAGACUGUAAUGACCCCAAUCCGAUUGUUCGAGCCCUUGCUAUUCGAACUAUGGGAGCCAUCAGAGUCCCGAAAGUCACCGAAGAGCUGUAUGCGCCACUUCAAAAAGCAUUGAAAGAUCAAGACCCGUAUGUCCGAAAGACUGCUGCGAUGUGUGUUGCGAAACUUUACUUUUUGAAUCAAGAGGAAUGCGUCAAGAGAGGGUUUUUGGCGACGCUGAAGGAACUCAUUUUCGACUCGAAUCAUGUUGUCGUUGCGAACGCACUUGCUGCGCUGAACGAAAUCAACGAUAUGUCGGACAAACACGAUGUGUUUGAGGUCAACUCCGACAAUUUGAAUAUUCUGCUGACUGCUUUGAACAAAUGCGCGAAUGAAUGGGGACAAGUCAUCAUCUUGGAUACCAUCUCCAAAUAUGUCCCAGAGAACACACAGAUUUCCGAAUCGAUUUGUGAACAAGUUGCUCCGAGAUUGAAAGCCGCGAACUCGGCUGUCGUUUUGGCUGCAGUCAAAGUCAUUUUGGUGAUGUUGCCACAUUUGUCGGAACAAAACGUUGCGUUGUACUUAAAGAAGAUUGCUCCCCCAUUGGGAACGUUAAUGUCGGCAUCGAAGGCAUUUGAGAUUCAAUAUGUCGCGUUGAGAAACAUUCGACUCAUUUUGCAGAAGUGCAAGGAGUUACUUGUGAACGACGUCAAGAUUUUCUAUUGUAAAUACAACGACCCGUUGUACAUCAAAGUCGAGAAGCUGGAGAUCAUCGUUGCUUUGGCGAACAAGGACAACAUCAAAGAAAUUUUGGCUGAGUUUGUUGAUUACUCUCAGAUGGGCGAUGUCGAGUUUGUCAGAAAGGCGGUUCGAGCGCUUGGAAGAUGCGCAAUUAAACUCGAGAAUGUUGCCAAUCAAUGCAUUUCCACUCUUGUUGAUCUUAUCAACACGAAGGUUAAUUACAUUGUUCAAGAGGCUAUUGUUGUCAUCAGAGACAUCUUCAGAAGAUAUCCGAACAGAUACGAAAAGGUCAUUGGAACACUUUGCGAGAACUUGGAUUCGCUUGAUGAGCCUGAGGCGAAGGCUGCGAUGAUCUGGAUUAUUGGUGAAUAUUCCGAUCGAAUCACAAACGUUGCGGAUUUGCUUAAUAUGUUCCUUGAAACAUUCCAAGAGGAAGACGUCAACGUUCAACUCCAGUUACUCACUGCAACCGUCAAAGCAUUUUUGAAGGCAUCGCUCGAAGACCAAGAUAUUCUUCAGAACUUGUUCACCAUGUGCACACAAAGCGACAACCCCGACUUGAGAGAUAGAGGACUGUUUUAUUGGAGAUUGCUGGCUCAUGACCCAGACUUGGCUAAAGAAAUGGUUUGCUCAGAAAAGCCAAUCAUUAAGGACGACUCAGAGGAACUUGAUCAAGCCGUCUUGGUUAAGCUGAUUCCACACAUCGGGUCACUUGCUUCAUUGUUGCAUAAACCACCAGAGGUCUUUAUUUCUUCAUUGAAGGCACAAGCGGGUGGAUUCAAUUUCAAGAACCUCGACGCACUUGGAGAGGCAUUCUCUUCUGAGGACGACGACGACGACGAAAUUCCAGUCAACACAACACAAGGAGGUUCAAAAUCAUUGUUGGACUUCGACGACCAUCCACAACCAGCUCAACAAACACAAGCUCAGCCACAACAACAAAGACCAAGUGCUAUGAGUUUGUUUGAUAUGGCUGGCCCAGCACAACCAGUUCAACAAGGCGCUCCUAUGCAACAGCAAGGAGCUCCAGCCACAAGCUUCUUUGAUUUGGGAGGAUCACCUCAACCCACGCAACAGCCAGUUCAGCAACAGGCACCAGCACAACAAAACAAGCCAGCUAUCGACUUGUCUUUCUUAGGAAUCUAA